AUGGAGAAUGCAUCAGCAACAAGGCUUCGCUUCAAAGGUUCAGCAACAUCCUCCUCCAAGAAACGGAAACACUCCUCAGACAAGCGCCACCCUCACUUUGACUCUCACACUUCUUCACGCAGGUCGCGGUCUCGGUCUCGGUCUCCGAGGCGGCGGCAGCGGCGGUCGUCCAACCAGGAAGACGACGACAGGCGGCGAGACAGGAAACACAAAUCUAGAGCCCAUUCACGCUCCCGCUCCCGCUCCCCUUCCUCCUUCUCGCAAUCACAAAGGAACCGGUCUUCGAAAUACAAAGUCACUCCCGCAGGAUACGCCCCGGACUCGCUCGACAGCUACUGUUUUGAUUAUGACGACGUCGACCCCGAGGCGGCCUACAUGAUGAAGAUGUUACAGGAGGAGCAGGAACGCGAAUUGGAACGACAGCUGGCAGGGGAGACGGACGACCCUUGGUUGAGCCAUCUCUUUGACGAAUCGAUUAAUGACGACCCGUACGAGUACCAUUCCGGUCGCUUCGCCACUCAGACACCUUCUGGGCCUGGAUCCAGGAGAAGGCGGCAGCAAGACAACAUCCAGUCAAUGUCAGACGACGCUUAUACAUCCUACAUGCGGAAGGGAAUGGGCCGCAAUCAAGUCCAGAAGGAGACACAGGAGUGGGUGGAGUGGGUCGAGGAGCAGGAACGGAUAAAGUACAAGGAAGCCAGGAGAGAACAGAAGCAAAAAGAUGAAGAACGGAGUCGACGUCGACAGGAGAGACGGGAGAGAGAGGGCCUUGAUCAAGAAACAGAGGCCUCUGCUCAAGCGGGGAUUGGAUCUCAUCAGAGGGAGGACGACACCCCUGCCAACCAACUUCGGAAGCGAGCCCUUGUGCAUCAUGCCAGGACGGUCUACGAACAAGGUUGGAGAGCUUUGCUCACGGUUGAGGAUGGCGGUCAGGGCGCUACGACGACGGCUUUGCCACUAUUGUCGAUGAAGAGCGUCCCAUGGCCACCACUCUAUGGUACCUCUGAAUCCCCAGAUGAUGUCUCGGACACGACGACCUCAAAGGUGUCGCUGUUUGAUUUCUUGUUCUUUGGGACGACUGCGGACCAGACGGAUGUCAGGAAACAACUCCUUCGACGCGAACAACUCAAGUUUCAUCCGGACAAGUUCAAGCAAAGGUUUGGAGUGAGACUUCCUCCUUCACCUUCCUCCGUAGCCACCGUGGAAAUCGUACCAGGUGAGAGAGAACGUAUUCUUGAGCAGGUUGAUAAGGUAGCGAGGGCAUUGAAUGAACUUGGCGAGAUGUUUUGA